AUGAAAAGACGUCGUCUCCGACGCAAAUGGCUCGAAAAAUUGCGUAGUCAGGGUCAAUUUGAAGAGAAUGAUGAGGUCAACCGUCAGCGACUAGAAGAGGAAUUAGCCGGCCAGUUAAAUCCUGCCUCUCCUUUCCCAAGCUCUAAUUUGAGCGCUUGCGACGAAACACGUAUCCAACUGGUCUGUCCAGCUUCCGCCAACCCACUGGCCUAUGGACCAUUCGGAUCUGGAGUUCAUCUUACCCCGACGUCUGCCUGUACCUAUCGAGUGCCAGGAGACAUGGCAACAGGCCGUAGACAAGCGCUUCAGCUUCCUGCGCCACCGCGUCUUCAGCUGACCCUGGGAAGAUCACGUCGUCGACGUAAAAUAAGCAGUGAACAGCAGGACACAGUAGUCCUACGUGCAUCAAAAGGCUCC